CCGUUACCAACAAGGAUCUGUCUGGGUAAUCCGGUUCACCAGGCUUGCGACGUUUAAGCUGUGGAGUCUUCCAAACUAGUUUCCAGUGUCACAGCUCGAUCCAUCGGCUGAAUAUGCCCGAACAUCCAUGCUAAAACCUGGCUAAGAGGCGCCGAACCAGGCAUGAAGUAUGGUCAUGAACGAAGUUAUGAUUCAGACCAGACAUUGCCUCUGAGUAUCACUAUCAUGAAUCUGGUCUUUUUAUUCCUAUUAAGCUGGCGUUAUAGUAUGCGAGUUCCUAUACUCUUCAAAGUACUCGGCCUGCGGGGUGACUAAGCCCACACAUGGCCCUCGCCAUCAGGGGAAGAGCCGCGGAUGCGACAGCGAUCUCCAUUCGACCUUGGUAACGCUGUCAAAUCCGCCCUAAAAAGCAGCCCUCCUAGUCGAUUUCCGGUCUUUCUCCCCGGUUCCGAUUCUGCAAUCCAACUACUCACACUCCUUAUGUCCUCUCGCUGAGUCGUGUCCUCCCGAAUUCCUAGCGGCAGGCACCGGUGCCUGUCCUGUAUGGAGACCCGCUCCCAAUCGCAUCCGCAUCGAUAGCACCUGCAAAAUGGGCAAGACGAACGGCGCAAAGGACCAACCAGAUGCUGGGUUGAGGAGUCUGGAUCACUAUGCAAACCAACUGCCACUCUGGCGCUACUGGCCUCGACAGAAGCUGAUUCCUCUCGUCCGAUAUGAGACGCCAUACCUGGCCUGGGUUCAGGAGAAAGUGCGCACUCCGACACUAGACUCGUACUUUGCGUUCACGGCGAACCUCGGCACGCACACGUUUUUCAUGGUCUUUUUGCCCUUUCUGUUUUGGUGCGGCCAUACCAGUCUAGGCCGAGGACUCGUGCAUAUUCUUGCGUCCGGCGUCUUCUUCAGCGGCUUCAUCAAGGACUUGCUAUGUCUGCCUCGGCCCUUAUCUCCCCCGCUACAGCGCAUCACUAUGUCCGGUUCUGCUGCACUCGAAUACGGAUUCCCCUCGACGCAUUCUACCAACGCUGUAUCGGUUGCGGUCUACGCCAUUGCCCUGCUCAAUUCGCCUGAUACGACGAUCCCCGCGCAAACCAACUUCAUUCUCCAGACAAUUACAUACCUCUAUGUGACAUCAAUCGUGUUGGGUCGGCUAUACUGUGGCAUGCAUGGAUUCUUCGACGUGAUUGUGGGCUGUAUUCUGGGCGCGUUGAUCGGCUUGAUUCAGUAUAACUACGGCCCGGCUUUUGACGAGUAUAUCCUGUCUGCGACGCUAAAGGAGAUUUUGGUUGUUCCCAUUGUUAUUCUGAUCCUCGUGCGCAUUCAUCCAGAACCGGCGGAUGAUUGUCCUUGUUUCGAUGACAGUGUCGCAUUUGCUGGUGUGACGCUUGGCGUGGAUGUGGGCUCCUGGUAUUUUACCACGUCCACUCUGGCCUGGGCUGACCCUCUGCCGGGAACGAUCCCAUAUAACUAUGAGAGCAUUGGCUUGAUCAGAACUGUGUUCCGCCUGGUUGUUGGUGUGCUGUGUGUCUUUACUUGGAGAGAGAUCACAAAACCAACUCUGUUGCGCAUUCUUCCACCCAUCUUCCGCAGUCUUGAGAAAGUCGGCCUUCUCUUGCCCCGUCGCUUUUUUACCACCGCAUCGCGGUAUACCACCGUUCCCACUAAUCUGAAGGACAACGAAGUGUUCCCCAACUUCUCGGACAUUCCAUCCAUCAUCACCACGAUCCGCCAUCCUCGCCGUCGAGCAAUCUCCAUCGGCCCUCAGUCUGAAGCCGAUGCGUAUGAGACUCUCGCUUACCGGGAGAAGCGUCGACGUGAGAGUCUGUCAGGAAGCAACCGUGACUCUCCUGUAGAUGAGAACGGUAGACCUAAUCGUGGACCAGUGUUGUCCAGGAAGCCAUCCAAGCUGGACCAGUACGAACACAUGAUGGGUACUGGUAGUCCCAGCUCAUCCGUGGUAGAAGAUGAUUCCAAUAUCCCUCGCUCGUCGCCACUCCCACCUCCAGAAUAUGGAGUAAUCCGCCGAACGGACGAGAAGGAGGUCUUCUCUCAGAUUAAGAAGCCUCGGGUACGGUACGACGUAGAGGUUGUUACCAAGCUGGUUGUAUAUGCAGGAAUUCCAUGGGUUGUCAUCAACGUGGCGCCCCCCGUUUUCGAAAUGAUUGGAAUUGGAGUUCCCUCUUAGUCGCAUGCUGUUGGGGUUUAUUCUUUCCCGAUCAACAGCUCUCGACUCUCUUUCUCUGGGGUCUGCUUUAUUCCAGCGGGCUGUGCUAGGAACAAAGGCCGGGCGCGCAUGUACAUACCGCGACCUGUAUACUGACAGUCGCCAUUGGCCUAUCCUCGGCCCGACGUAUAAGAUCAUGAUUAUAUAAAGCACAUUCAAUUCUUGACUAUAUCUCGGAUGACUUAGAUCGUGAUGAUCGUAUCCAAACCAAUAUCAAUGAAGAAAUCCAUUCUACCUCGGC